AUGGCCGUCACCUCGAGCCCGCGGCAACACGCCGUGCCCACCACCGACACCUCCCACCCCACCGACCCCAUUCCCCACGAGCCUGCAUCCACCGCCAAGUUCAAUGCGCCACGCGCCGUCCCCUCGAACAGCUCCUUCCGCUCUUCCCACGACAGCCUCUCUUGGUCCGACUCGAGUGACUCAGAGGCGCCCUCGACGCCCAACACAGAGCCCAUGAACGACCAGCAGGCCGAUGAGCUUGUGGACAAGCUGGAGAACCUGCCUGCCCCCUCGGUCGAGAUCACUCCCAAGCAGGGCAAGACGCGCCGGGCCUCGACCACUCUCAUCUCCGAGGACGCCGAGGGCAUGCGCAAGCUGCUCGGCGAAGGCGAGACCGGCACCAAGCUCAUCGAGAAGUACUGCUGUGGUGGAGGCUGCUGCUUUGUGAAGACGCUGCCGCCAGACACCACCGGUCCCGACUUCACCCCUGUCGUCCUCCCCGACAACGAGGCCUUCCGCAGCCUGGACCUCAAGCUGGGACCGCUCAGCCUCGAUACCAAGCUCGAGCAGACCUUCGAAUUGCCCCAAGAGACAGUGUCCUUCGAUGCUGCCCCCCGGUCCGAGCACAAGCAUGCACCCGAGGUCCUCAAGAAGCCGCCUCCCUUUGUCCAGCCCCACCCGCCGUACAAUGUCUUCUCCGCACCCGUCCACCACGCACGCGAGCUCACCAAGCCUGGAGCUCAGAAGCGCACCUUCCACUUCGACAUUGACGUGACUGACUAUCCCGACGAGGGAGGUGUUGACUUCAAGGUCGGAGGCGCCAUCGGCAUCUGCCCCCCCAACGCCCCGGACAUGGUUGAUGACGUAUUCGACCAAUUGGGCGUGCCAAAGUUCGUUCGCGAUAAGCCUGUCACACUCAAGACUCAGCGGAUGAGAUGGCCCACCAUCUGGGGAGAGGAGGAGGAGAGAGAGCUCGUCACCACGCGUCGUGAGCUUCUUACCUGGUGUGCAGACCUGCAGAGCACCCCUCCCACCAAGCAACUGCUGCGCCUUAUGGCCGAGCAUGCGGACGCCCUCAACGAACGGAAGAUUCUUCUUUACCUCACGUCAGCACAGGGUCAGGCCGCGUUCUGCGACCUCCGCACUGGCUCCCACGUCACGGUCCCGCAACUCCUCCACGCCUUCCCGUCGUCUCGACCCCCGUUCCAUGCCCUGCUUUCCGUUCUUCCUCAGCUUAUGCCACGCUUCUAUUCCCUGUCCAACGACCCUCACAUUUCUUCGACUCGUCCUGGUAUCCCUGGAGGUCGCCGCCUGAUCGAAAUGGCCGUCACCAUCCACGAGGACCCCGACUGGCGGGAGGGCAAGACGCGUACCGGCGUCGGUUCUGGAUACCUGGAGCGUCUCGCGCAGCAGUACAUCGAAGCGGAGCAGUCGGGGAUUCGUGAUCCUGCGCAUGUCCUUGACCUGAGCAUCCCCAUGUUCCGCGGGCUCAUGGCCAACCCUCUUUCCCGCCAGUUCGGCGGCGACGGACCGAUGAUGCUCGUCGGAGCCGGCGUGGGCAUGGCGCCAUUCCGCGGCUUCAUCCUCAACCGACUGAAGAACGCCAACUGCGCCAACAAGAUUUGGCUGGUCCAGGGCGUCCGCGACAGCAUGCUCGACGAGAUCUACUCGGGCGAGCUCGGCGCCCACGAGAAGGAGAUCAAGAAGGUGGUGCAGAGCCGUCGGGCGGGCGCGAACCGGUACGUGCAGGACGAAGUCCGGGCGCAGGCCGACGUCGUCUGGUUCGUGAUCAACGCGCUCGACGGCCGCAUCUUUGUCUGCGGGAGCAGCAAGGGCAUGGGCGAGGGCGUCCACCAGGCCCUCAUCGACGUGACGAUGGAGAAGGGCAACCUCAACCGCGAAGAGGCCGAGGAGUUCUGGAACAAGAAGAAGGAGGGCGGCCAGUACAUUGCUGUAAGUGACGGCCGUGUCCCCGUGUCCGCAACCGCCGACUGGAGCAAGAUGUGCUGA